CAGAGCUCCUAAAAUCAGCAUAAGCCCCUCAGAUGGAAUGAAAUGGGAGAACUUCAGAGGGAACAUAGAGUUCCUUAAUUGCAAGUUUACGUAUCCGACCCGACCAGACACUCAAGUGUUGAAGGGUUUGGUUGUGUCUGUGAAGCCUGGUCAGACUUUGGCAUUUGUUGGGAGCAGCGGCUGCGGCAAAAGCACCAGUGUUCAACUGCUGGAAAGGUUCUAUGACCCUGAUGAAGGACAAGUGUUGAUCGAUGGCCACCAAUCUCAUUCAGUCAACGUGCCGUUCCUGAGAUCUCAGAUUGGCAUCGUGUCCCAGGAGCCUGUUCUGUUUGACUGCAGCAUAGCUGGGAAUAUACAGUAUGGAGAUAACACACGUAGCGUCAGCAUGGAGGAGAUUGUUGAGGCCGCUAAAAAAGCCUUUCUUCAUGACUUUGUGAUGACGCUUCCAGACAAAUAUGAGACUCAGGUUGGCGCUCAGGGCUCUCAGCUGUCAAGAGGACAGAAACAGCGCAUUGCCAUCGCCCGGGCCAUUGUCAGGAACCCCAAGAUCCUGCUAUUAGAUGAAGCUACCUCUGCCCUGGACACAGAAAGUGAAAAGACGGUGCAGUCAGCUCUGGAUGAGGCGAGAAAAGGACGAACGUGCAUCGUCAUCGCUCACCGGCUGUCAACCAUCCAGACUGCUGACAUCAUAGCGGUGAUGUCACAUGGAGUUGUCAUAGAGCAGGGCACACAUCAGACGCUGAUGGCCAAGAAGGGCGCCUACUACAAACUGGUCACAACAGGCGCUCCUAUCAGCUAGGAGCCUGCAGCAACACGAUACAAAGAGCGUCUGAUAAAUAUCAGUUUUGCAUAGUUUGCAUAUUUACUCAUUUGAAUGAAUGCGAGUUCAUCUUGUGAUCUCACACCAAAAAAAAUAGU